AUGACUAGUGAAGAUAAUACUAGGCCGCUGCCAAAAAACGUGUAUGGUUUAUCGUUUGUUUCUAAACAACAGCGAAAACCAACGACGCAAAUUCGACCACUAACAGCUGCAUUUAACUUGGAUGAAGAAGAUGAUAACGAUGGAAAUACAACAAAACAACAACAGAAACCAGGCGAACAAAAAACUCAACAAAAUCGUAUGAAAUUAAAUCAUAAUGUUCAAAUGCAGAUUGAAAAAGCCCUAGAAGAAGAUCCAAAUAUUUAUGAAUAUGAUACAGUGUACGAUGAAAUAAGUUCAACGGCAAUCAAUGAAUCAAAACGAAGACAACAACUAGAAGAACGAAAAACAAAAGAACGUAAACCAUUAUAUGUUGCUGGUAUUCAAGAGGCGGCGAAAGAACGAGAGAAACAACAUGAAUAUCGUUUAGAACGAAAAAUACAACGUGAACGUGAAAAAGAAGGAGAUUUAUAUAAAGAUAAAGAAACAUUUAUCACAACAGCGUAUCGAUUAAAAUUAGCCGAAAGACAACGAGAUUUAGAAAAAGAAAAAUUCGAAGAACAACGAGAAUCAUUAUUAGAUGUUCAAAAACAAUGUAAUUUUGAUGCAUUUUGUAGAUAUCAAUUCAAAGUACAAACAGGUGAAAUUGUAGAAUUAGAAGAAAGUGAAAAAAUCAAAACUGAAUCAAAAAGUGAUGCAGAUGUAAUAUCAAACAAUGAAUCAACCAAAUUAACAUUAGUUGAAAAAGCACGAAUAGCGCGCCAAUUGAGGACACAAAAAUUGGAUGAUGAUGAAAAUGAGUAUGUUGAUGAUAAAUCAGAAACAAAUAAGACGAUAACAUCGACAGAUGAAAUGUACAGUCGUGCAAAAGAAAAACAUGCAAAAGCAAUUGAAAGAGAACACCGAACGAAUAAUGAUGAUGAAAUGAUUAUUAACGACGCAGAUUUAGUACAUCAGCCACCAACAACAACGAAGUUAAAGCCAAAAAAACGACCACUUGGCUAUGUAUCAGAUGAUGAUGAUUUGGAUAUUGGUGAAGGACCAGAGACAACUAAAAGUCAUAAUCGAAAACAAAUGAAUGAUAAAGAAAACUUAAAAAAGACGAAUGUUGAUGGAGACAAACUGUUAAGUGGAUUACCCAUAGCAGCAGAAAAAAGACGUAUAGCGAAUGAAACACGUUUGGAAAAAGUUAAAAGACUAUGUGAAAAACGAACGAUAGGAGAAACUUUUCUCGUUGAACAACAACGCUAUUUUGAACGUGAGCAACAACGAGCCAGAUUUAAAGAUUAUAUUGAAAGAGGAGAUGGAUAA